AUGGGGAAUGUGGUGGAGUUGAAGGUGGAUUUGGACUGCUCCGGCUGUAUCAAGAAAAUUCUCAAGGCUAUUAAGAAAAUAGAAGACAUUGAAACCUACGACCUAGAUACGCAAUUGAACAAAGUAACGGUGACCGGGAAUGUGACGAAGGAGGAACUCAUUAGAGUGCUUCAGAAGAUUGGGAAGCAAGCAAGUAAUUGGGAGGGAUGA